CUCUCAUGCCUCUCAACCCCACGCCGUGUGUGUGAUGUGUACACGACUGUCUGUCUGUCGGUUCUGAGCAGUGAACGACAGGAUUUGCGUUCGCGUUGAAAAUCCAAGACAUCAUUUAUCAGAAACCGCAUAUUUUUUUAUAUUUGUGAAGGCAAUGAAAAUUCACGCAUGUUUAAAGCCCCGACAUAUAACUUAACUAUUGGGGAAGUGCGUUCGUGUCAACCAAUCCGGAUUUUUAACUAGAAAAAAAAAUCCACCUAGUUAGACCCAAGGAAGGAAAUGCGUUCGUGUUGAGAUUCAUCUUAUUCACCUCAUUAAAAUCCGGUUUAUCUUGGCAACAAAAAAAGUGCGUUUGUGUUAAGAAAAAAUCCUCAACAACAACAAGCACCUUCCCCUUUCUUUAACCACAACGAGGGGAAAUGAGUUCGUGGUGAAAAUCCGCAUUUCUCAUCUAUGUGGUGGAUAGGCGUUCGCGUUGAGAAGAAAUCCGCAUCUACUCGCUGUAAUCCACUUGAGCGGGAGAUGUUGUGUAGGAGGAUUACAUAUACGGUGAAAUAAAGUCUUCAGCAACGUCUGGAGAGGGUCGGGCGAGGAUGCUAUCUGGCUUGCUCCUGCAUAUCACCACCUUCCUCACCUCCCUCGGUCUAGGGGAAUGGUUCGGUGUGGGAGUAGGGGCGCGCAUCGCUGGGGGCCGCUCCCUCCCAGCCAGCUCAGACCACCAGGUUGUCGUUCUCUCCAACGAGAUCGAGUCAUGGAUGGCCCAGCCCGAGCAGUCCAUCAGCAACAUGCCCUUCCACCUGUACCAAGUACUAAAUGCUCUUAAUGGCUCAGAACAAGCAGAGACGGGUAAUAAAGACCCAGAUCGGGUAUUUCACGGGUCGGGUACCUAUUGUGGGUCGUGUCGGAUCCUCUCGAAGAUGGUGAUCGGAUACGUUCGACUGGGUGGCCCCAUGGACAUAAUGGCCAACUUUCUGGUCAAGAUUUGCUAUAUUGUGGGCUAUCGGUCCAUACCUGUGUGUCGAGGCAUCAUUAAUCAAGAUAAGGAUCAGCUAGAGUGGAUCCUACGCAACAGCAACACAGAGGGGGAGGAAGUAUGUGCCUUAAUGCUGGGUGACCAAGGGUGUGGGGUGUUUAGACGUGCACCCUGGACCAUCAUGCUGCCCUCCCCAGACACUCAUCUCCACCACAGGAUACAAUUACCCCAGAGAGACGGUCAUUUGCCACCACAUAAGAGAGACGUUCAUGUCCAGUUGCCGCCGUUGCCCCAGAGAGAUGCCCGUGCCCGUGCUAUAGAUUCCUCGCCCGCUAAGGUACAAGUUACAGGAUCACAACAAGACUCUCAACAGCAGUAUCAGAUCGGCCCUCCUUCAGUCACCUUCAGCAGGAAUAGCGGGAAACAUACGCUGAAGAUGUUGCAUCUAACAGACCCACACUUCGACCCUGAGUACCUCGUGGGGGGCAAUGCUGUGUGUGAUGCUCCCCUGUGUUGCAACGCUGAUAGUGGUCCUCUCAAGACCCCUGGUGAUGGCGCGGGGAAGUGGGGAGACUACAGGAAUUGUGACUCCCCCAGAUGGCUGCUACAACACAUGCUACACCACAUCAUCACCACACACCCGGACAUCGACUACGUGUUGUGUACAGGUGACCUCGUGCCUCACCACAUCUGGAGGAUCACCAGAGAUGACAACGUGGCCAUCAUGAAGGAGAUGAGCGGCAUGCUUAAGAGCUUCUUCCCUCACGUCCCCAUCUAUGGGGCUGUCGGCAACCACGAGAGUUUCCCCAGGGACAGCUUCCCGCCGCCAGAGGUACCAGACGCGUGGUCAAGGUUCGGGGUACAGUGGCUCUAUGAUGCCGUGGCCGAGCAGUGGGGGAAGCUGAUGGGGGAGCCAACGCCCUCUACCGCCCGCUUCGGUGGCUACUACUCCAAGCUGAUACGACCAGGUCUCCGGAUCAUCUCGAUAAACACCAAUUACUGUUAUAGGUUCAAUUGGUGGCUGCUGUAUAAGAGUGUGGACCCUGGCAUGGUGUUGCGGUGGCUGGUGGGGGAACUACACCAAGCGGAGGGAAGAGGGGAACUGGUACACAUCAUCGGCCACAUCGCUCCUUACUACAGUGAUUGUUACACACAGUGGGCUCAUCAGUUCUCCCGCAUAGUGUCCAGGUACAGCCACAUCAUCAGAGGUCAGUUCUACGGACACUCGCACAUGGACGAGUUCCGAGUACACUACGACAUAAACGCUCCCUACAAGCCAAUAGGGGUCCAGUACAUCACCCCCAACAACGGCCCCUUCCACGACCUCAACCCUUCCUACAGAGUCUUCUACAUCGACGGGGACCACCCAGACACUACCAGGAAAGUGAUGGACUAUGAGACGUGGGUGAUGAACCUGACCCACGCCAACCAGUACGACGCCCCGCACUGGUACAAACUUUACUCCGCUCGCCGUGACCUCCAGCUGCCCUCACUAGACCCUCAACACUGGGAUAAACUUGUACAGAGGAUGGCACGAGACAGAGAUCUCUUCAACAGGUAUCACAGAUACCAGGUUCAGGACAGUGACAGCGCUGUAUCCCGCGGCUGUGAUGGCAAGUGUCGCAGGAAAACACUCUGUAACAUCGUCGAGGGGGACAAACUCAUGCCACCCAAGUGUCGUCCACAGAACGCUUGAGUCUGAAGUACGAGUGACGGUCCGAGUCGUAGUGUAAGGCCCAGAGACUAUACGUUCCAGAUAAGACCCCAACAAAGUUUUAUCCCCUGGGUCAUAAGAGUUCCUUUCUGGUCAGGUAUAUUUGAGGAACAUUGGUGAUGAUCCUCGAGGACAUGAAGUCUUCAGUGUAACCCCCCUUUAAUAUUCUCCGAUCACCGAGCGUUUAGUUUAUACUUGAGACGGUAAUCAGAUUAUAUGUGUAGAUGGAGGAAGUACAUGAAGGUGUGUUGUGGUUUGUGACAAGUGAUGGUAUGCCUCUCACACACACAAACAUUCCGUAAGGCUUUCCUCACAUCAGUCACACCACAUUUCCACUCCAAAAGGAUGAAAGAAACACAAGCACUCAUGACUGGAGGCCACUGACCAGCCCUUGUGAUGUACCACCCAGUGUUCUUAUUAUAACUGAUGCCAUAGUUUGUGGUUCAAAAAAAAUAUAUAGAUUAUUGUUCACAGGUUUUGAGGUGUAAUGAACGUGUCGUAAUUUUUACACAAUACUGGUGUUGUGUUCCGUCCCAUGGGGUGAAUGACAUAGGUGAUGUGUGUGUAUGAUAAUUAUCAGUUCCAAAUCAAAACACCUGUAAGCCACCAGGUGACAGAACUACAGUAUUUAAAUAGAUGAAGUAAGUGAUCUAUUUAGGCUUAUACACUAACUAAUUUAUCAAUGGUGAUAAUAAAGAUUUGUGUGAUGUAAUAGUCUCAUGUUGGUGAUAAAUAUAAUGCACUCUUAUGACAAGUAGUGUUAGAGGAUUUACUGAAAAUAUUUAGAUGAACAUAACUCAUCGUCUUGCUGCCAAUACGAAGAACAGAUUCGGUUUUAGAUCAGUCUUGGGCACCUAAAUAAAACACAAACAUAAAAAGAAACUAAAAUCCCGAUUAUUCCAAAACUCUUAAGUAAAAUUUUGGAUGUGGGGAUGACGAGUCACUCUUGAACUACAUCUUCCUUCACCAACUCAUUAUACACCUCAUAACUUACCUGUAACUCACUGUCACUGAUAGUCACUCAGGUGGUACCUCUUCUGCCCGUGGUAUGGAGGGUAUCGGUGCCCAGACUCUGUAGCUGGAUCUAUGACCUUAUAGCCAAAGUUCCCCAGACACUUGAAAAAUAUCUACCAUAGACUUGUGGUUUAUAUUUGCGAUUGGUUUAAAGCUGAUGAAUGUUCCUUAUCACUAUGAUAUUCAGAAUAACCUGAAAAAAAAGGAUUAUAAUGCAAUGUAAAGUCACUAAAAACAAUUUAAAAUCUAUAAUACAAAGACUAAUCAGAGUUAAUGUUAAAACUACAGUCUCCCUUAACCUGCACUACCAGACAAUGACAGAUAUCGACAACUGUACACACUAACAUUAUGGUGGUCAUGUAUGAAAUGAUCCCUAAUGUUAAUGUGUCAAGUACAGUACAAAAGAAAGGAGACAUAACUGUUCCAUAUAUCAGUCAUGUAUAUUAGUCCACCCAAACCAUUUAUAAUUUAAGUCUCUAUGGAUUACCUGAAGAUAAGCUCCCCCCCCCUCACCUCCGAUGUGCUCCCCAGCAUAACCAGCCUCAAGUAUUAUCACCCCAGAAUUUAAGUUUAUUGUGGGGGCUAAUCCACUGGUGAUUCACGAAGGCUAAAGUCAUGAAUGGUCUCGCUGAUACACGUCGUUGGAGUUUUACCGUAUACCUCUCUCUACUCUACUGUGUAUUCUUGAGCGGAAUAGAUCUACAGUAUCGACACCCGCCCGUCCAGCCCCUUCCGCUGUCUUCCGUAAUUGAUAUUCGGGUUAAAAAAAAAGUCCCUGUGCACCUACGAUAAAUCUACUUAUUCCUUGUUCUAACUCUCCCGCUCCUCUACAAACCCAGAGAUUCAGAUUCAUGAACCCGAAGCAAUAGACACCUAUGCAUUACUCUAUUCAUUGAUGCUUCAGGUUCACGAGUCUGAAUCCUGAGGUUCGUAACUGUUAUAAACCUUGUUCUACUUACAGUAAAUAUCAGGAAUGGCGGACAUAGCCAGGGAAGGAGGCCAGUUGUCGAUAGUGGCUGGACCUGAAGACAAUAGAUCAGUUCCUAGUUCCAUGAUAAUUCUUAUGGGUAUUGUUUAUAUGUCAUCAGAAUCAGGUGUUGUUUCUCUACUCUGAAAUACAAUAUUAUAUACAGUCAGUUAUGUACAGUCAGUUCUCUCUUAUAUACAGUCAGUUCACUCUUAUAUACAUUCAGUUCAUUCACAUAUACAGUCGGUUCAUUCACAUUUAGUCAGUUCCCUUGUAUACAGUCAGAUCUCCAAUAUACAGUCCUUGUUUACAAUACACCCUCUCAUUGUUGUGUGUAGUAGUAGUUAGGGAUGUCAUCUAUAAGAACUAGUCGUCAAUUGAGGGCUACGUAGCACCCGGUAUAGUCUUUCAGUUAUUAUACACAGAUUAUAUAAUAAUGUUUAUAAUUCUUGUGUUAAUGAUCUGGGUAAUGUGAUUAGUUAGUCCAGUAAAUAUUUCUCUUUUUUUCUCUCUCUCAUUUUGAUUUUUUCUCUUGUUUCUAUCUUCAUUUUACUUCCAUCUCUCUGU